CGAGCGCGAACGUACGCAUGAGCCGCGCUGGAAAGAGGAGGAAGUGUACGGCGCACUGUGUCACAAAAAAACAUGGAGUUGGAGUUAACUCACCUUUCCAGUAAUUACAGGUAUCCGAGAGUGUCAUAGGCGAGAAACGCUGAGGAGUGCGCGCGAGCUUGAAGGAAUUAUCGGAAUGUCUGGGGGACAUUAGUCAUGUGCCUUGGCACCGAGACGGUGCCACUUCAGUGUACGUUUCUGUUGUGUCGCUUCGUGAGGAGGAACUUCAGGCAGGUGGGAGUACUGCUUUUCAGCUGUUACAUUUGUUUCGUUUUCAGUAUCUCCCCAGUUAAAUAAUCGACAACCAUGGAUCAUCGGAAGGAGGAUAAGGUGAAGAAACAAGCGAUCAAAGCCACAAAGCGUAAAGAAAAGAAACACAAAUCCGGGAAGCUUUUUAGGAGGAAAUCGCUGAAGUCGGUGGGGAAUUUUAUGAACAGGAUUUUGAAAACUUUAGGCACUUUGGCUCACUUCGGUGACAUCGACCCAACAGAUGCGGAGGACGAUGAUGGCGGGUUCCGAGACAGUACACCUUGCACGUUAAGUGCCCACUCAGGAAAUCUCAAAGAGGAAAUCCAGGUUGCUGGUGAGAACACAGUCAAAAAGAGUUUGACACUGUCUUCUCAUGGAUCUAUAAAAGAAAGACUGUCUUGGUGCUAUGGGGACAAAACGCCGGGGGUUCAGGGUUUGAAAAAUCAUGGCAACACCUGUUUUAUGAAUGCCGUGGUUCAGUGCCUGAGCAAUACCGACCUUCUCGCCGAGUAUCUCGGUUUGGAACAGUACAAAUCGGAUUUCAACCAGAGGAGAGUUAAUGGGAUUGUAAAAAGUGAGGAUCUGCCAGCCAGGGGUGAAGUUACAGAACAGUUGGCAUCAUUGGUGAGGGCGCUGUGGACUCUCGAGUACACGCCCCAACUCUCAGUGGAAUUCAAGAGUAUUGUUUCCAAGUAUGGCUCCCAGUUCCGAGGGAAUUCGCAGCACGACGCCCUGGAGUUCCUGCUUUGGCUUCUGGACCGAGUGCACGAGGACGUCAACUCCGCCCCCAGCAACAACCAUAGCAAGACCAAAGCUGCCGGAAAGGGUCCUGCUGGAGAAGAGGAGACCCCCGUCGUUGGCCCAGCCAAUCCGCAGCAGCCCGGGGGACGCCACAGCUUUGUCCAGGAGCACUUCCAGGCACAGUACAGGUCCUCCUUGACCUGCCCUCAUUGCCUUAAACAAAGCAACACCUUUGAUCCUUUCCUGUGCAUCUCCCUACCCAUCCCUCUGCGUCAGACAAGGCCUCUGUAUGUCACUCUGGUCUUCAGCACCAAGGGCCAGCGGUACCUGCGGAUUGGGCUGGCCGUACCCCUUUUUGGGUCCGUGGCAUGCCUACGGGGAAUGGUGGCAGACGAGGGGAAGAUCUCUCCAGACCAAGUGAUCCUGACAGAGAUCUACGGCACAGGGUUCCAGCGCUCCUUCUCUGACGAGGAGGACCUGACCAGCAUAGCAGAGAGCGAUGUCAUCUACGCCUUCCAGGCCCCUCCCCUCUAUGGGAGGGGAGGCUCUACGCGAAUCUCAGGGUACCAUCACAGCCUCCCAUCCUCCCCCUACUCCUCGGGACCUGAGGGGCAGAGGUUACCUCCCUCAGGCACCCUGUCCUCCGAGUUCCUCAAUCACGGCAGCUCAACAAAGAUCCUCCUCCUCAUCUGUAACACCGCCGGGGCGGGGCAGCAGGCUGUCAGGUUCGGACCCCCUUUCCUUAUGCGUGAGGACAGGACCCUCUCCUGGGAGCAGCUCCAGCAGAGCAUCCUCAGCAAACUCUACUACCUGAUGAUCAGUGGAGCGCAGACACAGCAGAACGUGGGCGUGCUGUUCAAGAUCCGUGUGGUGGGAGGGUCUGCAUCCUACAGCUACCUGUCUCCUCAGGACGGACGGCCGCUCUACCACCCAGCAGUAGACAGAGCUCUGAAGUUCUGUGGCCCCGGGGGACCGCCUCAUGUGAAGCUCAUCAUCGAAUGGGAGCAUAAAAUCAAAGAAUGCUUGUUUGGCAACAUCCAGGAGGAGGUGGUGAAGGAUGCUGAGAGUGUGAGAGCACAGCAGCAGCAGCAUCUGCAACAGCACAGCUGCACCCUGGAUGAGUGCUUCCAGCUCUACACCAAAGAGGAGCAGCUGGCCCCAGACGACGCCUGGAAGUGCCCCCACUGUAAGCAGCUGCAGCAGGGCAUGGUGAAGAUGAGCCUGUGGACUCUGCCCGACAUCCUCAUCCUGCACCUGAAGCGCUUCCGCCAGGUGGGCGAGCGCCGCAACAAGCUGUCCACGCUGGUCCGCUUCCCGCUGGCCGGCCUGGACAUGGCGCCCCACAUGGUCAAGAGGAGCCAGAGCGUCCGCAACCUCAGCCCGUGGCCGCCGUCCUGGAAGCACGCCCACCCCCCAGACUCUGGCCCGCCGUUAGAAUUCCUCUAUGACCUCUACGCGGUCUGCAACCACCAUGGGGGCAUGCACGGGGGCCACUACACGGCGUACUGCAGGAACUCUGUGGACGGGCAGUGGUACGGGUACGAUGACAGCAGCGUGGACCUGGUGCCAGAGGAGGAGAUCUGCACCCGGGGCGCCUACAUCCUCUUCUACCAGAGACGCAACACGAUCCCUCCCUGGUCGGCCAGCAGCUCCGUCAGGGGCUCCACCAGCUCCUCCAUGUCAGACCACUGGCUGAUCCGCCUAACUGGGGAUAGCAAGAGGGGCAGCCUGGUGUCCAGGGCGUCCACCACCUGUCCCUCCUCCGUGCCUGACUCCCCCGAGUCUCCCGUCUUCCAGGACGAGCCCCCCAAGGAGGAGAAAGGAGGCUUUGAGACCAGGCCGUUUGUGAGGGGGAUUCAGGGUCGCAGUGUCAGCAUGAGGACCCCCACCAAGACCAAGGAGGCCCUGAGCAAAGUGCUGCCGCUGCGCUGGUCCUUUGGCUCCAAGGACCGGCACAAGCAUGCUCCCGUGCCCAACCCCGGGGAGCUGGUGGAGUACCUGGAGUCAGGGCGCCGGCCACGGUGCACCAAGGACUCCAUCGUCACCCUGAUGACCGGCCCGACGGAGAAGGACGGCGCGGAUGGGCGUCAGCAGGCGGCCGUGAGCUCCCCGAGCAGCAGCAGCCUCAGCUGCGUCGGCAGGUCGGACACGGACCGCCCCACCUCCGGCAAGGUGCCUGAGGGCCAGUCCAGGCAGCCCGCGGAGAAGAGCAGCAGUUUGAGACGCGGCAGCAAGCAGAGAGAGGACAGCACCCUGACUAGGAGGACCUCCAAGAAGACCAAGCAGGACCAGGGCAAGCAGGACUCCCAGUCACGCAGGAGCUCCAGUGCAGGGGUCCAGCCCAGCUCCACCGCUGCUCCCAACUGGGACUCAACGCUGAAGCGGGGCAAGAGUCACUCAGGGGCUGGAGCGGCGGGCCAGGGGGACCAGCCAUCCUUGCCCGAGGAGGGUAAGGGAAAGAAAGGAGAGGACUCGAAGAGUCACGACAGCCUUCUGUCAUUCCUGAAGCCCAACUUCCUGAAGAAAGACUCCCAGAAGAAGUCUCGGGAGGGUGAUGAGCUGAGUAAAAGGAGCUCGUCCAGACUGUCCCUCUCAAACGGGGCGCUGAACGGGGCGGUGGAGGGGAAGGCGAACGGCGCCCCCAGGGGCAGCAGCAGGUGCAGCGAGGAGCUGGCCAACGGCAGAGUGACCCGCGGGGCGGCGGACAUCAAGCGCUCCCAGAGCUCCUCCAACAUCCCGAGCAAGCCGGACCUGACGCUGCGCAGGACCGCCUCCCUGCACAAGAACGGCCUGGCGGCUGCGCCGCCCCGCAGCCUCACCGCAGACAAGCCCUCCUUUGCCACCCUGCAGAGGACACGUUACAGCACCACCUCCCUGGGCAGGAAGAGGACAGUGCCUGAGUCCAGCUUCUGAGUCCACACAAAGCUGCGCCUAAUCAAAGCAAUAGCCCCCGGGGAAAGGCAAAUGUGUCUGGCUCUACAGACAAGUCGCACAGCUGGUGAGGGAA